AUGGCUGCCCCCCAGAGCGAUGCCUUCAAGAAGGCCAUUGAGGACUCCAAGAAGCUCACCUCUAAGCCCGGCCCUGACGAGCUCCUCCAGCUCUACGGUAACCGCCACCUUACCCCCCCUCGCCACGUUCCCAUCCCAGCUAACAUGUUGUCUUCUCGCACAGCUCUCUACAAGGUCGGCACUGGUGAGGACUUCUCCAAGGCCGGUGGCAAGGCCAAGCACAAGGCGUGGGAGAAGGUCGUCAACGAGGGUGUCACCCCCGAGGCCGCACAGGAGCAAUACGUCAAGCUCGUCGAGGAGCUCAAGGAGAAGUACGGCUACGACGAGAACAAGGUGCCCGAGGCCGUCGGCGGAAACUAG